GUCAAACACAAUUCAAAGUAGUAAUCAAAUCUCUUUCACCUAAAGAGUCAGUCCGGAUUCAUGUCCCUAAACCUUUGGACAGGAACGAUGGAACGUUUUUGGUGAGAUAUCGGAUGUAUGAAACUGUCAAUGAAGGGCUGAAGAUAGAGGUCCUUUAUGGUGAUGAACAUGUUGCCCAGUCUCCCUAUAUUUUGAAAGGACCAGUAUACCACGAGUACUGUGAGUGUCCAGAAGAGGAUCCCCGGGCCUGGCAAGAAACUCUCUCUUGUCCAACCAAAGAACCGCAGAUUGCAGAAGAUUUUGCUCCUUUCCCCAGCAUUAAUCUCCAGCAGAUGCUGAAUGAAGUCCCAAAAAGGUUUGGGGAAGAGAGGGGUGCCAUCGUUCAUUACACGAUUCUCAAUAACCACAUCUACCGGAGACCUCUGGGGAAAUACACGGACUUCAAAAUGUUCUCAGAUGAGAUUUUGCUGUCACUGGCGAGAAAGGUCCUUCUCCCAGAUUUAGAAUUUUACAUUAAUCUAGGAGAUUGGCCCUUGGAGCAUCGAAAAGUCAAUGAGACGCCUGGCCCCUUGCCUAUCAUUUCAUGGUGUGGCUCUCUGGAUUCACGAGAUAUUAUCCUUCCUACGUAUGACGUCACCCACUCCACACUUGAAGCAAUGAGGGGUGUUACAAAUGAUCUCCUCUCUAUUCAGGGAAAUACAGGGCCUUCCUGGAUCAAUAAAACAGAGAAAGCUUUCUUCAGAGGUAGAGAUAGCCGAGAGGAGAGGCUCCAGUUGGUACAGCUGUCCAAGGAAAAUCCACAGCUACUAGAUGCGGGAAUCACAGGGUAUUUCUUUUUCCAAGAGAAAGAAAAGGAGCUUGGAAAAGCUAAAUUGAUAGGUUUCUUUGAUUUCUUUAAGUACAAGUAUCAAGUGAGUGUGGAUGGGACGGUGGCCGCUUACAGAUAUCCGUAUCUCAUGCUGGGGGACAGUCUGGUUCUGAAGCAGGACUCACCAUAUUAUGAACAUUUUUACACAGCACUAAAGCCUUGGAAACAUUAUGUGCCAAUUAAAAGAAACCUUGCUGAUUUACUUGAGAAAAUUAAAUGGGCCAAGGAAAAUGAUGAAGAAGCUGAGAGGAUUGCAAAAGAAGGGCAAUUGACUGCCAGAGAUUUGCUACAGCCGCACAGGCUUUACUGCUAUUAUUACAGAGUGUUGCAGAAAUAUGCUGAGCGCCAGUCCAGCAAACCCGAAAUACGUGAUGGAAUGGAACUUGUUUCCCAGCCCGAUGAUAACACGUCCAUCUGCCAGUGCCACAGGAAAAGAGCUUUAAGAGAAGAGCUUUAGGUCAGCCGGAUGGACACUCUUGUGCACACUGGCUGUGUCUUCGAUGGAAGCAUUCAGAUAGAAUCUAAGCUGAAAAGAACACAGCUUGGAAGACUUUACCCAGAGGACAAUGUGGGUGGGUAGAGCAAUCUCAAUAUUUUCAGGUAUUAAUUUCUUCUGAGUAACAACUGCUCUUAUCUGCAUUCACAGUUUCUCUAAAAAGAAAAUUCGGGGAUCAUAGUCGAGAGGCUUGCCAAAAUAUAAAGCACUCUCUAGGAAACCAUAUACAUCAUUUUUAUUGGCUUGUUUAUAUCCCUUGUUCACUUUCGCUCUUCCAUUUCCAGUUAUGAAGAAAAAUAUUUGUGCGGGGGAUGUUUUUCCCCCCGACUGCACAGUUUCUGCUCCUACAAGCUGCUUUUGACAUUCAGUAAUAGCAAGCCAACUCUUGGAAGGUCUGAUAAGGUAAGAGGAGGAUGAGUCUGUUUUUAACAAUAGCCUGGACUCUAUUCAGGGAAUAUAUUUUUAAAGCUCACUCAUAUCUUUUUAGCUAAGUUUUACCAACACCUGAGACAAAUUGUGCCUUAAGCUAGUAAUUACCAAUAUCUUUGGGUUGUACACUCAUCGAGGACAACAUCUAGUUAUUGAAAUAGAUGAGAGCACGCAGCAGGGGCCAUUCUUUAUCUAUAUAUUGAAUAGAUAAGGUAACUCUAGUCAGGUGGGGAUCUGUAGUUAUUUUUAAUCUUUUUGAAGGAUACUUGGAAACCUCUGCAACAAGCUGCAGGAAGCCUGGUAGCUUGGGAUACCACAAAUAAGCCAACAACAAAGGCAAGCAUCCAUCCUCACUGCACCUCUCCUCUAUUCCAUUGGGUUGCAUUGCUAAGAUUUAAAAAAAAUGGAAAUUUCCUCUGCCUUUUAGGCCAGGGUCCAGAUUUAAGACUUACAGCCCAGAAAUUCAGUAUACACUCCUCAUAAUACCACCAAUACAACAUUCAGUUAACUGAAGACCCACACUCCAAAAAGCACAAACUUAUCCACACUCCCAGUCUUAAAAGAUUUGCUUCCCAAAUUGAAAUAUUUACUCAAUCCGGAAAACAAUGUACCAACUUUAAAGCAGUCAUAUCCUGUUUUGAAGAUCAGUAAGACUUUUCUUAACUAGAUAAGAGCAAAAUCACAUUUAGGAACAGUGUAAUCAGAGCCAAGUGUCCUUGGAAAACUCUAAUACCCAACAGUUUUUCAAAUGCACAAGUGCACAAAUAUAAACUAAAGGGCAAGCUGCAGUGAGACCAGACCUUACUGAGUCUGUGUCCUAUUUAUAUUGCACAUGGAGUUUGGGGCUCUUCAGAGCCGAGAUUAUAGAAAGUUUGCCCUCCCUCAUAUCUUCCUGCCCUCCAACCCCAGGUCCUUCCUGAGGGCUAAUGGCUUUAGAAACACCUUAAAGUUUUAAAAUUUAUGUCAUCUGCUACCAAACAAUUAAAAGCAAGUUGAGACAAACCAGGCAGCAUCUGGGGGUGGAACAAAAAGGAUGUGCUUAAGAAAUUAAAUGGAACCCCUGGAGAAAUUCCAUCGGGAGGGAACAGCCUUCAUAGAUAAUCCUCCAUCGUAACAACUCAGUCAUAACAUUUUAAAAGAGUUAGUUUCACAUGGCUUUCCCAUUUGUUGACAUGAAUAUGACUUAGUAAAAAAUGUGGUUAUUAAAACCAUGAUUCUUUCCUUUUUAGUUCAGAUAUUACCCACGAUUUCCAUUAGUCAUUUUUAAUACAUCAACUUUCAUGAAAAACAUCUGACUUGAAAGGAGGAGAGAGAUGUACGGCUAUGCAAGUAAAUAUAAUAACUGCAUUUGUUUAGAUAAGCUAUCAACAUUUGUUGCAGCAUUGUUUUUGUUAAUAAAAUGUUGGAAACACCUUAAAUAGCCAUCAUUAGGGAAUUGGCUAAAAAGACAUUGGUACAUAAAGAAAUACAGUACAACCAUUAAAAAGAAUGAAGUAGCUCUAAGUGCACUAUCAUGAAAGAUUUCCAUAACAGUGUUCAGUGAAAAAAAUCAAGUUUUUUUCAGAACAACAUGUAAUGUGAAGCCAUUUAUGUAAAAAACAAAAAUAUGUCAGUGUGGUUGAAGUUUGAAAGGAUAUUCCCCAAUAUCGGAGGAGGGGGUGGAGGAAAGGAAAUUUAUACUUUUUGCUUUAUACUUGUCUAUGAUAUUUAGAAUGUUUUUACUAUAAGUGUGAACCAGACUGUAAAAUAAAUAAAAAUGCAAACCUAGCAAAAGACAAUAAAUGCGCAGAAGAUAUACAUAGGGGAAAAAAUGGAUUUUUAUGUUUUCCAUUAUGCUGUUUUUAAAUUUACUAUGUCUAGAAGUUUAUAUCAUGGAACAUAUAUAUACUUUUUUAAAUAAAGUAAAUUUUGUAAAUAAAA